UAAAUUUUGAUGAUUUGUUAUCUGGGUUUUUACAGAAACGAUGAUGUUACAAUCAAUGGCUCUCAAUUCCUUAUCUUCUUCUUCUUCUCUUGUUGGAGUUAAUAAUGAGCUUCAUUCUUCAAGAACCCCAUCUUCAAGAUUUCAAGUAAAUUCGUCGACAAUUCGUUGUUGUUCAAGAAGUCAUGCUUACAUACCGAAGCUUGAGCCUUUUAGCAGAACCAAGUUUGAUAGAGUUGUUAAAGAUCCCCCUUUGAUUGAAAAAUCUGAAAAUGAACUUGCGGAUUAUUGUUCUGUUCUAGACGGAGAUGAUUCUUAUAGCUGCUGGCAAGCCUAUUUUGAACUCAAAGAUCUUGAAAAAGAAGCACCUAAGGAGGAGGUGGAGAGGCUAAUACUUCAAGCAGGGGGAGUAAAAACUCUCAUUGGCUGCUUACAUGGAGUUUCAGACAUGCACAAAGCCAAAAAGGAAAGCAAAGAAUCAGCCAAAGCUGUUAAUCUUGAUGCACAACGGGCAAGAGGACCUUGUCCUAUACCAGAUGGAUUGCCAAAGUCAAGAGAAGAGCUUGAAGAAGAGGAGAAAGCUAGAAUGCCAGAUUCACCCUAUACCAAACUGCUCCGAGCCAAAGGAACGCACCCUGUUUGGUACUCGACUACACUUGACUACUGAUAUGGAGCUUCAUAAAAAGAACGCUCUUUUGGAGCUUCAGAUAAUAAGGUCAAGCAAUGGAAUUGAAUAGUAUUCUUGGCCAAUGUGGUAAAAAUUAUCUGGUGAUGUAUGUAAUGUUAAGCCUGUGAGGAUGUUAUCACGUAUUUUUGUUAGUGUUAGCAUAAAAUAGUGUGCUUUAUCGGUAGGUUAGGAGUUGCCAUUUGUUCUGAAUGUAAAUAUGGUUUGUUUUUGAAAAUUAUAAUAGCAGUGAAGUUUCUAAAUACCCUUAUGA